UUUUCGGGGUCACCUCCCGCCCCAGAGCUCUGUGUGUUUCUCAAGGUGCUGCGGCACGAGGAGUUCGAGGAGGGCUGCAAGGCCUCCUGCAACGGCCCUUAUGAUGGAAAAUGGAGCAAGACCAUGGUGGGCUAUGGACCAGAGGACAAUCACUUUGUGGCAGAGCUGACUUACAAUUAUGGCAUUGGAGAAUAUCACCUGGGCAACGACUUCCUGGGCAUCACUCUGGUGUCCAGCCAGGCUGUGAGCAAUGCCAAGAAGAUGGGGUGGCCCCUCAAAGAAAUCACCUCUGGUGUCUUUGAAACUGAAGCCCCAGGAGGAUACAAGUUCUACCUGGAAGACAAGGAAAAGCUCAAGCACGAUCCUGUGUGGAAGGUCACCCUGGGUGUCUCAGACCUGCAGAAGUCUGUGAGCUACUGGUCUGGUUUGCUCGGGAUGAAAAUAUAUGAGAAGGAUGAGGAGAAGCAAAGAGCUUUGCUGGGCUAUGCUGAUAACCAGUGCAAGCUGGAGCUGCAGGCUGUUGGAGGGGCAGUGGAUCACGGGACGGCGUUCGGGCGCAUCGCCUUCUCCUGUGCCAAGGACGAGCUGCCAAACAUUGAAGCCCUGAUGAAAAGGGAGAAUCAGAGAAUUCUGACGCCUCUGGUCAGUUUGGACACUCCUGGCAAAGCCACGGUGCAAGUGGUUAUUCUGGCUGAUCCUGAUGGCCAUGAAAUCUGUUUUGUGGGAGAUGAAGCGUUCAGAGAGCUGUCCAAGGUGGACCCUAAUGGUGACAAGCUGUUGGAUGAUGCCAUGGCUGCAGACAACAGUGACAAGUGGUUUGCUGAGCACAACAUGAAGAAGGUUUCAGCUUAGCUGGAGGAAUGGACUGGGCUGCUCCUCUGUGCCUUGGAGUUCUCCCAGGAAAAUGCCAAUCAUGGUUAAGGUGCUGCCUUCCCAAUCAGAGGGUGCUGGGAUGUCCCCUGGUGGUUUUCUUGGGUUGUCUCUGGCCUGCUGCUCUCUCCCUUCCAGCAAAUCACAUCUCCUCCUUC